CCCGCUCCCCACAGAACUACAGCUCCCAGCAUGCCUCGCUCCCCAUCAGUCUCGCGUGACGAAGCAAGUUCAUUCUCCAAAGAGAAAACUCCCGCCCCCUGGCCGUGCCGGCAGGUGGGACCCGGCGGGGAGUUGGGCCGGGGCGAGGGGCGCCAUGCCGUGGGGCAGCAUCGAGGUGGAGGCGAAGUUCACGGCUGGGCCGGACACGGAGGCCAGGCUGGCGGCGCUGGGGGCAGCCCUGGCCGGGAGCUCGUCCUUCCGUGACCUCUACUACGACACCCCCGACCUGCGCCUGACGCGGGCCGACCACUGGCUGCGGCUCCGCCAGGGGGCCGGCUGGGAGCUCAAGUGCCCCCCAGAGCCGCCCGCGGGGGGCACCAGCGGUGUCCCAGAGGCCGCGGCCCAGGAGCCUCCCGCCGUGGCCACCACCUACCAGGAGCUGACGAGCCCCCGCGCCAUCGUGGGCCGGCUGUGCGGGGUGCUGGGCGUGGCCCCCGCGCCCGCCUGGGACGAGGUGCCCAGGGCUGUGGCUGGCCUGGGCCUGCAGGAGUUCGCCAGCUUCGGGACGCGGCGCCGCAGCUACCGGCUGGGGGGCCUGCGGGUGGACCUGGACCAGGCGGAUUUCGGCUACGCCGUGGCCGAAGUGGAGGCCCUGGUGGGGGCCCAGGAGGAGGUGCCGGCGGCACUGGAGGAGGUGCUGCAGCUCCGGCGGGCACUGGGGCGGGACGGUGCCACCCGUGUGCCCGGCAAGAUGAGCGUCUACCUCAAGCGGCAUCGCCCCCGGCACUACCAGGCGCUGCUCCGGGCAGGGGUGCUGGUCAGGGACCCAGAGCCGCCCCCCCACAGCGAUGACACGGCUGGGCCUGAGACGCUGGAGAAACGGGGCCCCUCCCAAGUGAUGGAACUGGCACGGGGGCCGGAGGGCAAAACGGGGCAUCCUAGUGCAGGGGGGGAUUGGGCAUAGACGGGCCCCCUCUGCAGCACAGUGCCUGCUAGCGCUGGGGGGGCGGGAUUGGGCACAGACUGACCCCCUCCACAGCACAGUGCCCCCUAGCGCCGGGGGGGAGGGAUUGGGCAUAGAUGGGCCCCCUCUGCAGCACAGUGCCCCUUAGCACAGGGGGGGAUUGGGCACAGACCGACCCCCUCCAAAGCACAGCGCCCCCUAGUGCCGGGGGGGGAGGGAUUGGGCAUGGACCUGGCCCCCUCUGCAGCACAGCGCCCCCUAGUGCCGGGGGGAUAGGGCCUG